AUAGAGCCCUCUGAUCUGCUGCAGGAAAUAGCCGAGAGCAGAAAUGAAAGUUGUUUAGGUGUACACAAUUAUUAACUGAACGUUUACUAAUGACUCUAUUUAAAUGGCGUUUAUUUUAACAUUAGUUGCUUUGAUAAUUUACCAUGAACUGCUCACGGGAUCCAACAGCGUCGAACUAACCAGAAAAAAUCUGACGGACGGAGAACGACUGAAGACGUUUCAGCGAGGACAUGAAAACAUUGAACACUAUCAGAGACGGCUUCAUUUUCAGAACUCCCUCAAGAGACAAGCCUUUCUGAAUUCAGUACUGGAGAGAUCAAACCAGUCUGCACGUUACGGCAUCAACCAGUUCUCAGACUUAUCUCCACAGCAAUUCAAAGAUCGAUAUCUGACAGCCCGGACUGAGACGACUCCAAAGUUUGACCCCUCUAGGACUGGAAUUCAAGUUAAGAACAGUUAUCCACCCAAGUUUGAUUGGAGGGACCAUGGAAUUGUCGGACCAGUCCGAAACCAGGAGUCGUGUGGAGGAUGCUGGGCCUUCAGUGUGGUGGAGGCCAUUGAAACGGUAUCUGCUAAAGAUGGUGGGAAACUGCAGCAGCUCAGUGUGCAGCAGGUUAUAGACUGCUCUUAUGAAAACGAGGGCUGCAAUGGCGGAUCUCCUGUUGGAGCUCUGGAUUGGUUGGCACAGACCAAACUGAAGUUGGUGAAUGAGGCGGAGUAUCCCUUCAAAGACAUGGCUGGGAUCUGCCACUUCUUUCCUCAGUCUCAUGCUGGAGUGACAGUGAGGAAUUACUCAGCUUAUGACUUCAGUGGACAGGAGGAGGUGAUGAAGAGUGUGCUGGUGGAGUCGGGUCCUCUCGUUGUCAUUGUGGAUGCCAUCAGCUGGCAGGAUUACCUGGGUGGCAUCAUUCAGCACCACUGCUCCAGCCACAACGCUAACCAUGCUGUCCUGAUCACUGGUUAUGAUACCACAGGGGAAGUGCCAUAUUGGAUAGUACGCAAUUCAUGGGGGACCUCGUGGGGUGACAAUGGAUAUGCUUACGUAAGAAUAGGGAAUGACAUGUGUGGUAUUGCGGACAACGUUGCUGCUGUUUUUGUGUAAUUGUCAAUAAUCUUUGUACUUCUGUGAAAAGACCGUGGCAGAUCAACAUUUAAAAAUAUCAACCUCAGGAUGGAAAUCAUCCGGUGUUGCCGAUGAGAACUGGAAAGAUUCUCAUGGGGAUGUGGAUAACAAAUCCUGUUGCCUCUCCAAUGCAAAGCAACGCAAGUACGCUGCUAUUAGAGCUAAUACACCACAUUCCUAAUCCCAGCCACUGUAGCCCAAAAUAAUCACAGUCAGAGCCGGAUUCUAUUUUAGUUAUGCAACACACGCCGUCUAGAUUUGUCCAGAAGGAUGUUUUAGUCUGUAGAAAACACUGUUAGUGAAUACAAGUGCUCAACUGAACACGUAUUGUAUUGUGACAUUGCACUGAUAUAGGACACAAGUGAACACUGCUGCAAAAAUGUGAAAAUAUUAUUAUACAUGAAUACUGAUUACAACCCUAAGAGUUUUGAAAGAAAACAUGCUUAUUACUACAGUAUGUACCAGAUAUAAAAAAUGUCUGCUUUUAUAAACAUUUUUAACUACAAUGUUUCUGUUUUACAGUUUUGCAUUUGCUAAUGCAUUUUAAAAAGAAUCAGAAAUGAUCACGUAUAGUAUAUAACAAUCUACAAAUCUAACUCUAGCACUCUAUUCUAAUUCUGUUCUUAAAAGAAGCAUGUCUGUUUUAGACUUGCACUCUUUUUACUAACAGCUUGUUUUAUUUUAAAAAAAAGAAGAAACUAACGCUAGGCUCUAAUCUUUUUUUAUUCUAUUUGUUUCCUUUUUUAUUUAUUAUACAAUAAAAAAAAGCAAAAACGUCCCGUAAAACUAGCUUGUUCUAUUUUUUUUUCCUAUUCUAUCUUUUUAUAAUUUUUUUGUUUUCUUUUUAUUAUAUGAUUUUAAAAACCUUGCUAUGUGUACUGCAUUAAGCUAACUUUUGUUGAUUUUGAUUGCUUCUAUUGUCCUCAUUUGUAAGUCGCUUUGGAUAAAAGCGUCUGCUAAAUGUAAAUAUAUGACCUUGGACCACAAAACCAGUCUUCAGUCGAUGGGGUAUAUUUUUAGCAAUAGCAAAAAAAAAAAAAAAAGAUAUUUUGUAAAUGUCAUACAGUAAAUAUAUCAAAACUUAAUUUCUGAUUAAUAAUAUGCAUUGCUAAGAAUUAAUUUGGACGACUUAAAAAGCAAUUUUCUCAGUUUUAGAUUUCUUUGUUUUUUAUUUUGCACCAUCAGAUUCCAGAUUUUCAAAUAGAUGCAUCUUGACCAAAUAUUGUCCGAUCCUAAUAAACCAUACAUCAAUGGAAAGCUUAUUUAUUCAGCUUUCAGAUACAUCUAUCUAUACCUAAAUCUCAAUAAAAACAAUUUGACACUUUUGUGAUCCAGGGUCACAUAUAAACCCUAUUCUAUCUAAAGUUUACAUUUUGACAAAAAACAGUGUCUUUUUUUUCUCAAAUAAACAAGACGUUUCUCUA